UGCCAGACUAAGGAUUCUGCGCAGUAGGCCUACAUAUUACAGUGUGAAAUCAACAUUAACCAAGUAGGACCAACACCAAAGUAGUGAUUUAACAUUUCAACAUUUGCUGCAACUGCGCCUUUAAGACGCGCUGGGGGCUGGUUUUAUAUGUAGCCAGUUGCCGCGUGGGACGCGUGGAGAAUCAUUAAAGCGAGUAGAAAAGGCAUAGGGAGGGACAGUCCACUCUCAAAUUUGUACUGCAAGUGGCUGCACUGAACUGAGUCGAAGGAAUACGAAAAUGCCUUUGGAAUUGUUUCUGGAUCUUUUGUCGCAGCCAUGUCGGUCUGUUUACAUAUUCGCCAAGAAAAACAACAUCCCGCAUGAGUUUAAGAAGAUUUCUCUGAUGGAAGAAGACCAUUAUGGUGAGGAGUUUGGGAAAGUUAACCCGAUGAGAAAAGUACCCGCCAUACGAGAUGGAGAUUUCUGCUUAUCUGAAAGCGUGGCCAUCUUGAUGUACAUGGUGGAUAAGUACAAGACCGAUGACCACUGGUACCCUGCUGACCUGCAGAAGAGGGCACGCGUCAACGAGUACCUCGCAUGGCAGCCCAUGGGGAUACGCAUGCACGGGUCCAAGAUCUUCUGGAUUAAUAUAAUGGUCCCCAAGAUCAUGGGGAGGGGAGUCCCCGAGGACAAGAAGAAGGCGGCCAUCGACGACCUGAACGGCUCGCUGAAGAUGAUCGAGGAGAAGUUCCUGCAGGACAGACCCUUCAUCGCCGGAGAUCAAAUCUCACUCGCAGACCUGGUCGCCAUAGUAGAAGUCUACCAGCCUGUAGGUGGGGGCAUAGACGUGUUUGAGGGGCGCCCCAAGCUGAGCGCGUGGCGAGAUCGCGUGCGUCAGGAGGUCGGGCCAGCGCUGUUCGACGAGGUGCACAAAAGGAUUCUGGGAGCCCAGGAGAUGGUUAAGGGACUCGACGCAUCCAAGAUGGCGGCUUCCAAACGACGCUUCCUGGCGAUGUUCUUCUGAAACAGUCAAAUCAUUUACGGUUAUUCUGAAGAGCCAAACGUUUUUCAAGUUCAAGUUCAAAUUUAUUGUAGCCAUAUCAACAGUAUAACAUACAUUUGCUAGGAAUGUCUUUUGGUUUGCUCACAAAUUUAACAACACAAAUACAAAUAGCUAAAAAAAGAGAGAGAGAAAACAAGAGGGGCCAUAAAUAACAGGGAAUUACGCAUACAAAUACAUUUUGUGUGAUGGAUGCCUUCAAGUAAUACGUACUGCACAUAUUUGUUUUAGUAUGCAUUCACACAAGUCUCCCUUUUCAUUGCACACGUUAUGCUGAAUUCAGUGUGUUCAUUAAUUUUCCGUUCCAUCACACAUCGUGCUCUUUUGAUGCCGGUGUCGUGCAUAUUGUAAGUGUAAUUAUAUCCAUCAUCAUUUCCAGUUAUGCCAAAGAGAUUGUUCGUGUGCUGUGUGUUGCUCUAUAACACACUGUAUAUGUCCAUUCAAUUUCACUGAUGUUUAAGAAGUUUUGUGUUUUGUUAAAUUAUCCUAUCAGCACUUAAGCCUCUUUUACUGCAUUUACGACCAGAUGUAGCGCUAAAAUAUUAUUUCUUGUGACUAAUCGCUUGUUCUUCUAUUAUCUAGAUAUACACUGUAAUAUUAACAUCUUUAAUUGUAUUUUUUAAUGAAGAAGAAUAUUAAACAACUCUUGGUUACAAGA